AUGAGUGACAGAAAUUCUGUAUUAGAACGAUUAAGUAGGCGAGAUGCACAACGUUUAGAAAAACUGCAAAAGGCCCACAAAGCAAGGGAAGAAGUAGAUGCUUCUAAUGAAAACGAAGAUUAUUUUUCCAGCUCAUUUAAAAUUAAAUCUGAAUACAUUGAAGACUUACUCAUGCAAGUUCCAACUUUAGAGUUAAAUGUAUUGCCUUCCCACUUUGAUAGCAUAAAAAGAGAAGUAAACGAAUUACAAAAAUAUGUAGUGACAUCAUCAUUCUUCUUGAAGGAAUUCAACAUGCGUAAAUAUUUGGGUAUUGUACAGAAUCUACAAACAAAAUGUUAUGAAUUAGAAGAAAGGUAUGUUCCCAGAAAAAAGUUUGGAUUCUCUAAGAAAAAGAUUCCCAAGUCACACACUGAGAAACAAGGGUCACUCGACGAAAACGAUGCAGCAAGAAAGACAGACAAUAAAUGGGAUGAAAAACUUUUUGGUUUUGAUUCACAAAAAGACAAAGUGCUUUUACUUGAAAAUGAUGAUUUGUUUCAAAGGGAUGUUGCUUUACGGAAUCUUACAAACUGCACCGUAAGUCUCAAGGGAGUGAUGGGAACUUUGCAUUUAACUAAUCUAGAAAACUGUAUAGUUCUUUCCGGUCCGGUCACUUCAUCUGUGUUUAUGGAGAAAUGCAUCAACUGUAAAAUCGUUACUGCCUGCCAGCAAUUACGAAUGCACUCAUCUAGUAAUUGUGACAUUUAUCUACAUGUAACUAGCAAGGGAAUAGUUGAAGAUUGCACAGGCAUAUGUACUGCUCCAUACAAUUUGUAUUAUGAAGACUUAGAAAAGCAUUUCAAUAUGUCCGGUUUGGACCGGAAUUCCAACAACUGGGACCGUUUGGAUGAUUUUAACUGGCUGGCUCCAGACAUCCCAUCACCUAAUUGGUCAAUUUUGAAUGCAGAGUUACGCAUCAACAGUUGGGACGAGUGGUGGUCAAGGAUUCCUUCCCAAUAG